AUUUGCAGGGAUAAUUGUUAAUUGUCCCUUUAUCUAACCUUUCAUUUUCUUAAUGGAAAAUGAGUUAAUAAUGGAUUCUUAAUCAGCUAUUAGGCGAUGACACUUUUCAACACAGGCAGGCAGCAGCACAUUAGAUAAAGACUGGUGGGAGCUCGUCGUGAGGGAAAGAGUCUUUUCCUUUUCGUUGUUCUGUUCUGCUUUGCUUUUCCUUCGCUUUCCUGCAAAAACCUCUCGCACAGGUAAAUCAAUCUACUUGAGAAUUCCUCUUCUUCCGAGAACAUGUUAAAAGAUCCGACCUUUUUGCUUGUCAUGGCUGAUCUUCUCUUCUCUUCCCUUCCCUCGCAGUUUCCCAUUUCCUCAUUCUUUGAAUUUCGAUUGCUGCAACUUGGGCAGCUUCUUGAUUUCCAAUUUGGGUGUUUUUUUUGCCUCGAUUUGUUCAUUAGUUAGUGUUUGAGCCUUUAAGACUUUCCCGCUAUUAUGUUUUCUUUCCGAUCAAAGUUUCCAUAUCUUACACUUUUGUGAGGGGGAGAGGGGAGGAGGAAACUAAAAUUGGGUACUUUCACUGUUAGGCAAUCAAGUUCAGACAUGGGUGCUUUAACAUAUUCACUCAACCUCACAACUUACUCAAGUGACAACACUUUGGGUCAUCAUUCUGUCAAAUAACUAGAGUUUCAAUGGGAUCAGAAGGGACUGUGCCUGCUUCUGAAGCCUCUGAUGGACCUUCCUGCGUAACAGUCCACGUGACGGGGUUCAAGAAAUUCCAUGGAGUGUCCGAGAAUCCCACGGAGACGAUUGUUUGCAACCUGCAGGAGUACAUGAACAAGAACGGGAUGCCGAAAGGUCUGGUCUUGGGGAGUUGUCACGUGCUUGAAACUGCAGGACAAGGUGCAGUUGCUCCUCUUUACCAGACAUUGCAAUCUGCCAUACCUUCUUCUGAGGAUUCCAAUCCUUGUGAUUCUGGGAAAGUUAUCUGGGUGCAUUUCGGGGUGAAUAGUGGGGCCACAAAGUUUGCAAUCGAGAAUCGAGCGGUUAAUGAAGCUACUUUUCGAUGUCCUGAUGAGAUGGGAUGGAAACCACAGAAACUUCCCAUCAUUCCUUCAGAUGGUGAGAUUUCACAAGUUAGAGAGACGGCUCUUCCUGUGGAGGAGAUUACAAAUGCCUUGGCAAAGAAAGGUUUUGAAGUAAUGACCUCGGAUGAUGCUGGCCGAUUCGUGUGUAAUUAUGUCUACUACCAUUCGCUUCGCUUUGCAGAGAAGAACGGGACUAAAUCACUAUUUGUUCAUGUACCUCUAUUCUUAACCAUUGAUGAGGAGACCCAAAUGCAGUUCGCUGCUUCCUUAUUGGAGGUAAUGUUCCGUAUGUGAACAUUAUAACUUCCAGCUCCAAUGGAUAUACAAUCAUCUCCUGGAAAUGGUGAGAACGAGAAAGACUAACAUGAACCAAUUCUGGAUGUAACUUAGAGAGAGAUGGGAAUACGAUGAGACUCAAAGAAGGUGAGUGGAUGUUGAGCAUUCGCACCACGACAUUUUGACAGUGGUCGAGCCGGAAGUGGAACUGAGGACUGUUCUGCACCUUCAGCCCUUGAACUGUGAGGUUUGAGCUCAUGAAGAACCUUAUUGCCUGCACAUUUCUCUGAUCAAUCAGUUUCCAGGAAGGAGGAAAGGGAAAAGUUUGUGUGUUUUUCUGUUCUACUACUUACAACUGGGCUAUCACAAGAGGAAGGAGCUACUGUUGCUGUUCCAUGAAUCCCCUGAAACUCAGUUCAGCCAGAGUAACUUAGUAGCAGAAAUUUACUAACAACCACAUUUUUAUUACAUUAGAUGCCUAAAAUCAAGCUGCAAUUACACCAAAGGUUGGAGCUUUUUACUUUGUGAGGCUUACAGGGGAGAUCCCACCAUUUAUGUCCUCUCCCAUCUACAACACCAUCACCCUGCACUGUCAUGCCUGUGACAUUGUAGAACACCAACCAUUGUCUCUUGUUCGAGUAAUUGGGCCAUGAUCUCGGUCCAUCCGGUGCCAUUAUGGUUCCAUCAAUCUGAAAUAGGAGGCUAGUCUGACAAGGUCCUGCUAAGACAGUAGGCUGAACGACGAAACGAUAGCCAGCUGGAGCUACGAGGAGGGCGGGUUGUGUUUGGCUGCAGGCAAUGUCCCAUGCCAUCUUGAACGCUGGCGUGUCGUCUGCUUCACCAUCGCCAACUGCACCGUAAGAAAGCACACUGAAAACUGUAGCAGGCUCAGAAGGGGAUGAAGUUGGAGAUAGAG